AUGCAUAUUGAAAAGCUCUUCGAUCGCUAUUCGACGAAAAUGGGCGCUUUCAUGGAUCAGGAAUACAUUAAUAGACGGGCAUAUUUGCAACAAGUAGUGAGUAGGAUGACAGCCGUAUCGCCGGUAUCCUCUCACAGUUACCAUUAUCGCAGCGAAUCACGACAAACGCAGCAACUUGAACCACACCUACGAACCGACUCGCGCACCUCCAAUAUCUCAAAUGUCCCGGAUCCAGUGGAACGGCACGUACAACGAUGGCGUAGCGAGAGUCGUUCGAGCAAUAAGGUGUUCCGUAACGAAGAGGAACCAAGCCAACAGGAUGAGAUUGUUAGCGGAACACUAAACGCAUUGAAAGAGGAUGUGGAACAGACCACCGAAAUCAUCAGAAGGAAACAACAUCAAAUGCAUAUGGAACGUCGACAAUUCCAAACUGAAAUGGAAGUUACUGGUCGUGUUUCAAUAUCACCAACGGAUGAAUGGCUUAGCACUAGACUUAGGACUAUUUCCACCGAAGACAUGAAUCGUGAAUUAGGAAAGAUCAAAGACGAUCAAAGACAAAAUGCUGUCACUGAUACGUUGGCAGCGCUUGUCUACGAUGUGAACGCAACUGCAGAAGUGUUGAGACGAGGAUCGCAGGGAAAGGAUAAAGGCGGUAGGAAAAGCGCACAUAAAGAGGAGAUCGAGUAUCGCUUGCGACUCACACCCGCACCAGAAGAUGAGCGCCCGUUUCCGGCACCAAGGAAACGCCAGGUCCCGGAGGAAAAGUAUACGGUAGAUGAGGUGUCACGCGACUACGGAAUGGCAAUGAGUGAGAGUCAAACGAAUAGUCUACGCCGCACCCGUCAACGAUCCGAGACACCGAGAAGGACACUGCAGAUCGAGGGUUCUCCACCUCCACUAGCUCCAGUGGUUUGCGCUUAUUGUAGUGAAGAAAUUGAUGGUCCGAUUUUAACCGCACUGGCGCCAAAUUCGGAACGAGCGCAGAAAUUCCACACCUAUCAUUUUAUGUGUUGCUAUUGUCAGAAGGCACUAAACAUGCACGGCACGUUCAGGGAACACGAAAGAAAACCGUACUGUCAUGAUUGCUUCUAUAGGCUUUACAACGGCCUACUGUAUGAACCGGACGAACAUCAAUCGACAAUCGAGAAGCUCAUCUAA